CGGGUUGCGCGGCGGGACAGCGGGACGGGACGGCACCAUGAGGGAGAUCGUCCACAUCCAAGCGGGCCAAUGCGGCAACCAGAUCGGGGCCAAGUUUUGGGAAGUGAUAAGUGAUGAGCAUGGCAUUGACCCAGCCGGAGGCUAUGUCGGUGACUCAGCGCUGCAGCUGGAAAGGAUCAAUGUCUACUAUAAUGAAUCAUCUUCCCAGAAAUUCGUGCCAAGAGCAGUUUUGGUGGACUUGGAGCCGGGCACCAUGGAUAGUGUGCGAUCUGGUCCUUUUGGGCAGCUCUUCCGGCCUGAUAAUUUCAUCUUUGGACAAACUGGUGCUGGAAACAACUGGGCCAAAGGACACUAUACAGAAGGGGCAGAGCUGGUUGAUUCUGUACUCGAUGUAGUGAGAAAAGAGUGUGAACACUGCGACUGCUUGCAAGGAUUUCAGCUCACUCAUUCCCUGGGAGGAGGGACGGGGUCUGGCAUGGGAACCCUGCUCAUCAGCAAAAUACGAGAGGAAUAUCCUGACAGGAUAAUGAAUACCUUCAGUGUAAUGCCCUCUCCAAAGGUUUCUGAUACAGUGGUGGAGCCUUAUAAUGCCACGCUCUCAGUCCACCAGCUGGUUGAAAACACAGAUGAAACCUACUGCAUUGACAAUGAAGCUUUGUAUGACAUUUGCUUCCGCACCCUGAAGCUCACCACUCCAACGUAUGGUGAUUUAAACCACUUGGUUUCUGCUACCAUGAGUGGAGUGACUACAUCCCUGCGUUUUCCUGGCCAACUCAAUGCUGAUCUCCGGAAGCUGGCAGUGAAUAUGGUCCCAUUCCCACGCCUUCACUUUUUCAUGCCAGGUUUUGCUCCUUUGACUGCCCGAGGCAGCCAGCAAUACCGAGCACUCACUGUUCCAGAGCUCACCCAGCAGAUGUUCGAUGCCAAAAAUAUGAUGGCAGCCUGUGACCCGAGGCAUGGGAGAUAUCUGACAGUGGCUACUGUCUUCCGUGGUCCUAUGUCAAUGAAGGAGGUUGAUGAGCAGAUGUUGGCCAUCCAGAACAAGAACAGCAGUUACUUUGUGGAGUGGAUCCCAAACAAUGUGAAGGUGGCAGUGUGUGACAUACCGCCUCGUGGCCUCAAGAUGGCUUCCACGUUCAUUGGCAACAGUACAGCCAUUCAAGAGCUCUUCAAAAGGAUCUCGGAGCAAUUUUCAGCCAUGUUCAGGAGAAAGGCCUUCCUCCAUUGGUUCACGGGAGAAGGAAUGGAUGAGAUGGAAUUUACAGAAGCAGAAAGCAACAUGAAUGAUCUGGUGUCAGAGUAUCAGCAAUACCAGGAAGCUACAGUAAAUGAUGGAGAAGAAGCAUUUGAAGAUGAUGAAGAAGAGGUCAAUGAAUAAAGAAAUUAGGUAUGCUGUUUUCCAGGCUAAAUUCUCACAUGUGGAUUUCUAGUAAUUAGGCUUAUAAAUCUGUAUUUAGGCUUCAAAAUGAGGGGGAAAAAAUGGGAGCACGACUCUCACAUAUUAGAGCUGUUCUUCAGAGUCCAUUGAGGUCACUGGGAACUGAGGACAUUCAGCAUUUCUGAAAAUCAGGCUGUUUCUAUUCAUGGGACGUUCACAUAAGACUUCAGCUUAAGAGUCUAAACACAGAGAUUGGUAGUUUGGGAUCUUUCUUUUAUUCCAAACUUUGUCUUCCAUAAAGUUUUACAAGAAAAGAAGUAAUAUGAAAAUCUACAAAAUAGAACUGCACUAUUUUCAUCCAAUUAUGAGUAAGAAAAUCUUGCGGGUUUGAAGUAUUCAUUCUGUACUGAGUAUACAAUACUGAACUGCCAGGAACAAAAAUGUAUUGGUAAUAAAAAGGACAGAAAGUUUUUAACUGUUCUGUACAGUAACUAUUAAUGAUGACAUUUGAUUCAAAUUCUAUGAAAACAAAAUAAAAAAGAUUAAUAUCAUCUCAAGCAGAAGUGUUCUGGGCAGUCAAUGCUGUAUUUAUCCAGUGAUGAGCUGCAGGCCAAGGGCUAAAUUUAUGCUAUGUGACUUUUUCACUUGUUGGUGAGUAAUGACAGGUUAUAUAUAUGAAAUCUGUCCACUUGUGGUACGUUCCUUAAGGACCCUCUGGAAGCACAACAUCUUGCAGUCCCCUGUCUUUCUGGCCAUCACCAGGUAACUGUUUCUGGUUCCUGUCUCCACUCCACCUUGCCUACAUACCUGAAAUUCAUGCUCUCCACAGCAUGGUGGGAAAGGAGACUACAUGUUGAUGUAUCUCGCUACCCCAGUGGGUUCUAUGGACGUUCUAGAAUCGCUGUGCAGACUGAGGUUAAAGUGAAGUACAACUAUUUAUGCAUGGUAACCAAAACAGCUGGCAAAAUGAAAGAUGAAUGUUAAUUUAUCUAUCUGCUCACAUGACAUCUGGAACUCUGUCUUGCACAACUGACUUGCUGCCUUGACAAAAUGACUGUUGGGUGUUCGCUCUUUGUGCAUACUUUGUACUUCUGGCCAUAUCAAUUAAACAGCUCUUCUCCAUUA